AUGUCACGCCCUCAACAAAUCGAAGGCUGUGGCACUGCCCAUGCCCCACCACCACAUCCCCCAAGAUCAAAGGAUGAGAACGGAGAAGAGCUUCCAAUGAACCGCCUCUUUGACCCAACGAUGUAUCCAAAAAGCUUCAAACCCAGUGAAAUGACAGUGUCAUGGGAUCAAUGGACCCUCCUCGCCUGCCAAGACAGCCAAGUCCAAUGCGCAAGCUGCAAGAACCGUCCCUUCCACUGCGGCUGCAUCGUCAUAAGCGUGGGCGCAAAGUGCCUUAAUAGCUCUGAGCCACCCCGGUGCGCAAUAGGAGUAUACUACGGCAUCAACAAUCCCCUGAAUGUCGCGUCGGAAAUCAAAGAAGCCCCCUUUACCGAACAAGUUGCUAUUCUGCGCGCUUGUAUCAUUGCCCUCACUCACGUCAUUAGUAACUGCCAGGUUACCAAGCCUAAGAGGAGGAAUGAGAUGGCCUUUCCACUACAUACAGUGGUUAUUCGAACUGACUCGCCUUAUCUUGUUCAGGGAGUUACUGAGUGGAUGACUAAGUGGAAGCUUAAUGGGUGGAAAACCGCGAAGGGGCAGCCUGUCGCUAAUGAGAGUAUGUGGAGGCUUAUUGAUGUGUGGAUCAGACAAUUGGAACCGGAGGUUAUGGUUAAGUUUUGGCUUGUUUCGAAGGCAAUGAAUAUGACUGCUGGGUGCCUUACUCUUUAUGGGAUGCACGGGCCUAAGGAGUUGGAUGGGAGCAGUCCUGGAUUUAUGAAGCUGGCAGAUUCGAAUGAGAACAAGAAAAAGAGCCCUGGUUAG